UCUGUGGAUGAGCACCACGCCUCCAGACUUCUGAGGCAGGAGCAGGUUUUUAUUACAGUUUUCCUCCCAGAGCUCAACAGAGAAGCAUAAAUCCCCUUUCCCUCGCAGAAAGUGGCAGUUUCACUACCACACACUCUCUGAAGACAGUCACUCUCUGCAAAGCCUUCAGCAUGGAGCUCAGAGUUGCGUGUCUCCUGAUUGGAAUGCUCCUCAUCCAGGGAUCAGACCAGCAAAGCACACCCAGGAAGAAGCCCCAACUUAAAAAGGACGUUCAAAGCAAUACUGCCAUAGAGGAGCUACAGAAGCAAAUCAAUGAUAUAGUAGCAGACAUGAACCUGUUGAAGGAGAGGCAAGCUCUACAAACAGUUUGCCUGAAAGGGAAAAAGAUCCACGGCAAAUGUUUCCUGGCCGAGUCGCAGCAGAAGAGCUACCACACGGCUAGUGAAGACUGCAUCGCGAAGGGCGGCACCCUGAGUGCGCCCCUCAGCAGCCUGGAGAACGAGCAGCUCGUCCAGUAUGUGCGGGAGAGCCUGGGCACCGACGCUCGGGUGUGGCUCGGGGUCAACGACAUGCUGUCUGAGGGCGUGUGGGUGGACCUGACCGGCUCGGCCGUGCGCUUCAAGAACUGGGAGACCUCGACCCGCCCCGCGCAGCCUGAUGGGGGAAGCACUGAGAACUGCGCCGUCCUAUCCGCCUUGUCCGGAGGAAAGUGGUCUGACGAGAGCUGCCGCGCAGAGAGAGCCUCCGUCUGCGAGUUCAAAAUCGUCUGAGAAGCGAAGAUUAUCCUUCAGCUCUUACUGUCCUUUCCCUUAGGCUUUACUUUCCAUCGUUCCUCAGCAGCGUCCUUGCCAGCAUUGUGUGGGCUCCCCCAACUGUUCCUGUUGUUGAGGUUUUGGGCAGAACUGAGAUGGUCAUUUCAUUCUGGGUUAAAGCAGAAUCAGACCUCAUGGCUACUAAAUUAUUAAAGAAGGAUUCCAAGGAUUCAAAAAUUUCCCACAUAAUUCAGUGAUUGAGAUGUAAACAAAGUUCGAUGAGAAAAGGUAGAGAAUAGUGCAUAGUAGAUACAUUUUUAGACCUGGAUUUUCUUUAUAGUGGUGGUGAUGAUGGGAACUCAGGUUUGUGAUGUCACCAACAUAAAUAUAGACAUUUUAUGUCCUAUUUAAAACCGCUAGAGAUCCUACAGGUGUCUUCUGGGUGUUUACAUGUAAUGUUGAUAAGUCUUCAAUCCAAGAAAUGAAGUAAAUACAUACAUUUGACAUACAGGUAUUUGAUUAAAAUGUAUUUUUAAAAAAAAAAUGUUUUAAUCAACCACCUUCUGCUGUGAAACAUCCCAGGCAAGAACAUAUUUCUAACCAUUUCAUGCAGUACUGUUUCUUCAGGGAGCUUUGAGGCAUUAAGACACCUUAGCCGUCUAGUUCUCAUCACCCCCACUGUGAACAAUUCCACACCAAACCACUUCUUAAUAAUUUAAUUAUGAAAAACUGUUGAGAAAUCAGUGGAAUUCUACUUUAACUGACUUGCAUUAUAAAAUAUUCACCGGUGUUUGUUAUUCACAAAAAUGUGUUCUUGUGUCCCCUUGCUGGCUAAAAAUGCUGCAAGCUUUUUUCUCCUUUAGCUCUUCAGCUACUGAUCAGUACAAUAAAGAUUAUUUCAGAGUGC